AUGGUUUAUUCCAAGUAUUUCGUUUUAUCUGCAUUUUAUUACGUUUAUACAUUAUAUUUUUUGAGCUCGGUGUCGUGUAAUAUAAUAGAGCCAGAUUAUUACGACCAAUGGUUAUUUGAAAAUUCGAACGUCACAUCUAGAGACGGGCAAACAGUGCAGUUCAUUGAUGUAAUUGGUGGAGAUGUCAGCGAUGUUAACGUAACAACGGGUGGUACGACAAUGAAUGAUUUCGCAGAUUUGUCUCCAAGUGCCGUCGUAGAUACUGCAGCUCUUUUUAACUCAUCUACUUCUGCUGGUGAAUUGCAAGAAUAUACCCUUAUUAAUACAGAUUUUUCACAGGCGACGACUGCCACUCAAACUUCGGCGAAUAUUGGUGAGAACUUGAUAACUUCUGGAUUAAACGCGUCCUCAACUUCGAAAUCAACUGACCUAUUGCAGUUGAUAAAGGCUGGUACAAUAUUUGUGGCGAACCAAUUUAAAGAAAACAAUAACUUAGACAACAAUCAAGCGAUCAAUCAGAGUGAUUUUAAACUUGCCGACAAUUUAACGACGAUCGUCACCCCCCAAUUGUUAAGUAUAGCUGCAGACGAAUCGUAUGAAAAAAGGAAAUUUACAAUAUUCGACAAUUUAACGACGAUCGUCAUCUCUCAAAUGUCGGAAAUAAAUGCAAACGAAUCGUACGAAGAAUGGAAUUUUGUUGACGACAUGGAAAACAGGACAACAACGUCAGGUACACCUUCCGCUAUUAUGGAGAUAAAAAAAUUAUUGUCGGAAUUUUAUGGUUUGGACACUGAAAUUCUGGCUAUCGAUGCGUCAGUGACAACUGCAGGCCACAUUACGAACCAAAUGGCAAAUGAAAACGUAAGCGAUUCCUACAACGGUACAAUGAAUAGUGGAUCACAACUUACGGAAAUAACGAAAAUAACUUUGAACAAAUCAGAACUUACAGAAACAUCAAAUUUCACUCUAAACAACACCAUCAACUGCUCAAUUUUUUUGCGGUUCCACAGAUCAUCACUGUGCAACAAAGAUUUCGAUGUUUCAAGCGCCGGUUUGAUUUUGAUCGUCGUAGUCGGUUUAGCUUUCACAAUCCUCUUGUUCUUCUGUGUCAUGAAGUUACUUCGCUGUUACAACGUCACUGGAAGAAGCAAAUACAAAUACACGGUACUCACUAACGAAUGA